AUGGAUCCUGUUGUCCAAUGUGUUCAGAUCAAGCCCAUGAACAACUCAACAACCGGUGUUGAGAGAUUCCGCGUCGUCUUCAACGAUACCGUCAACUUCAUCCAGAGCAUGCUUGCCCAGCAGACUAACCACAUUGUGCACGAUGGCAAGCUGAAGAAGGGCUCCCUUGUGAAGCUCAAGCAGUUCCAGGCAAACUCGGUCAAGGAUAAGCCUAUCCUCGUUAUCAUCGAUCUGGAAGUCCUCGACGAGUACGGCGAAUGCGAAAAGCUUGGUCAGCCUGGCCCGCUCGAAGUGGUCAAGUCCGAAUCCGAACCUGCAGCAGCCCCUGCACCACAAGCACAGCCCGCCAGCAUCUCUGGCAACCAGUUCUACGGCAACAAGCCCCAGCAACAACAGCAACAGCAGCAGUCAGCCCCGCAAAGACAAUUGCCUACACGCUCCAGUGGCCAAGGAGGUCCUCAGGGAGGCAACAUCUACCCAAUCGAAGCCCUAUCACCUUACCAGCCCAGGUGGACUAUCAAGGCUAGAUGUUCGCACAAGGGUGAGAUCAAGACGUGGCACAACAAGAACGGCGAGGGCAAGCUCUUCAGCUGUAACUUCCUCGAUGAGAGUGGUGAGAUCAGAGCCACCGGUUUCAAGGAGGCUGUUGACCAGUGGUACGACGUCUUGCAAGAGGGCUCCGUCUACUAUGUGUCUUCUUGCAAGGUUCAGCUGGCCAAGAAGCAGUUCUCCAACGUCAACCACGACUACGAGCUCACCUUUGAGAGGGAUACAAACAUCGAGAAGGCUGAAGACAACGAAGGCGUUCCCGAAAUCACCUACAACUUCACUACCCUUGCCGACCUCCAAAGUGUAGAGAAGGACACAACCAUUGACACCAUCGGUGUGCUCAAGGAGAUUGGCGAUGUUAACGAGAUCGUCUCCAAGACCACAUCUAAGCCUUUCAACAAGAGAGAGUUGACUUUGGUCGAUAACACUGGCUACAACGUUCGCCUCACCAUCUGGGGCAACACUGCUCAGACCUUUGACGUCGCUACCGAGACCGUCAUUGCAUUCAAGGGUGUCAAGGUCAGCGACUUUGGUGGUCGCAGUCUGUCGCUUCUAUCAUCAGGCACAAUGAACGUCAACCCCGACAUCGACGAGGCUCACAAGCUCAAGGGCUGGUACGAUGCUCAGGGUCGCAACGACACAUUCUCUUCACACGCCAAUAGCAUGGCUGCUACGUCAACGAGUGGACGUAACGACCAGAUGAAGACGAUUGCUCAAGUGCGGGAUGAGAAUUUGGGCAUGGGCGAGUCGACAGACUACUUCUCAUUGAAGGCUACCAUCGUCUUCGUCAAGUCAGACAGCACCUUUGCAUACCCAGCCUGCUUGUCAGAAGGAUGCAACAAGAAGGUUGUUGAGGUAGCUGACGGAGAAUGGCGUUGCGAAAAAUGUGAUAAAGCCUGGCCCAAGCCUGAGUGGAGAUACAUCAUGAGUAUCAACGUCAGCGAUCACACUGGACAGAUGUGGUUGAGUUUGUUCGACGAUGUGGGCAGGAUGAUCAUGGGCAGACCUGCCAACGACAUCAUGCAGAUGAGAGACGAGAUGAGCAACGGAGAGAAGGAGGUGUUUGCCAACGCAGUCUGCCAGACAUAUGUCUUCAGAUGCAGAGCUAAGAUGGACACAUUCCAGGACCAGCAGAGGGUGCGUUACCAGGUGUCUUCAGCAGGACCUGUCAACUGGUCAGCAGAAGGAAAGAAGCUUGCAGACAUGAUCAAGCAGUACAGCCUGUCGGACAACUCGGACAGUCUGUUCGUCAACUAA